ACUCAAGCUUCUUCUAUAGACACAUCAGAAUAAGCUCAAGCUUCUGUAGCCACCCUUCACCGUUUUGAGCCAUGGCCUUGUUCUCUAACACCUUCCUCGUGCUCUCCAUCCUCUCUCUUCUAGUUUGUGCUGCCAAUGGACAGUUGUCACCUACGUUUUAUAGCCGUAACUGCCCAAACCUGCAGAGCAUUGUGAGGUCGGUCAUGGCACAAGCUGUUCAAAAGGAGCCGAGGAUGGCUGCGUCCAUCCUUCGCCUCUUCUUCCAUGAUUGCUUCGUAAAUGGAUGUGAUGGAUCUAUCCUUCUGGACGACACGCCAACAUUCACCGGUGAGAAGAACGCUGGACCAAACGCAAACUCUGCCCGUGGGUUUGAAGUCAUCGACGCCAUCAAAACCCAGGUCGAAGCUGCUUGCAAAGCAACAGUGUCGUGCGCCGACAUCCUGGCACUUGCGGCACGCGACGGAGUCGCUCUGGUGGGCGGACCAAAUUGGAAUGUGCUGCUGGGGCGCAGGGAUGCGAGGACGGCGAGCCAGAGCGCGGCCAACAGCAACCUCCCUGGCCCAGGCUCGAGUCUGUCCACCCUUAUCUCCAUGUUCGCGGCCCAGGGUCUCAACGCUCAGGAGCUAACCGCACUCUCGGGAGCGCACACCAUCGGGCGAGCGCGGUGCCUCUUUUUCCGCAACCGCAUCUUCAACGAGGCCAAUGUGAAUGCCAGCUUCGCUGCCUUGAGGAAGCAAACCUGCCCGGCUUCCGGUGGCGACAGCAACCUGGCCCCCUUCGAUAUCCGGACCCCGGACCGGUUCGACAACGCCUACUACCAGGACCUCGUGAAUCAGCAGGGGCUGCUGCACUCGGACCAGGAGCUCUUCAAUGGCGGGUCUCAGGACGCGCUGGUCCGGCAGUACAGCACCAAUCCUGCUUUGUUUGCGAGGGACUUCGCGGCGGCCAUGGUCAAGAUGGGGAACAUCAGCCCGCUCACCGGAAACAGUGGGGAGAUUAGAUUGAAUUGCCGGAAAAUUAACUGAUACGGACUAAUUGUCGGACAUCUCGUGAAGAUUAAUUUAGAGAACAAGAGCUCAAUCAUUGUUUUAAAUUGUAGUCGUGGACCCUGGUCACGGGGGAUUGCCACUUGUGUUCUUUCAAAAUUGUUUAUUGCUAUUGUAAGGAUUGAAGCAAAUAAAUAAAUAUAUAAAUGAACAGAAUUUUGACUGUUUGAGUAAACC